AUGUUUUAAUCUCAUUCCUUGCUUUGGCAGUCGGGAAUUUUAGAUUGGGUGUGAACCCCAGCCAUGGGCUCCUCAGCAUCUUCUCCUGCUACUGCAGUAAACACCUCAAAUGCUUCAGAUCAUCAGCCAGCUUCAGCUUCACCCCCUUCAGGAUGUCCAAUGCACGAAGGGCAAAGGAAAGGCUGUCCAGUGACUGCAGCAGCAUCUGACCUGACCAGUGAGAGCAAAGCACACUCUGUACCUGCCCACCAAGACCGGGCCUAUGAGUAUGUGGAGUGCCCUGUGACUGGUGCUGCAGCCAAGAAUAAGGAGAACCUGGAUCCUUCAAACCUGAUGCCACCACCUAAUCAGACACCGUCCCCUGAUCAGCCAUUUGCUUUGUCUACCUCAAGAGAGGAGUCAUCAAUUCCAAGAGCAGACUCUGAGAAAAAGUGGGUUUACCCAUCUGAACAGAUGUUCUGGAAUGCCAUGUUACGGAAAGGGUGGAAGUGGAAAGAUGAUGAUAUUAGUCAGAAAGAUAUGUAUAAUAUCAUUAGAAUUCACAAUCAGAAUAAUGAGCAAGCUUGGAAGGAGAUUUUGAAGUGGGAAGCUCUUCAUGCUCGUGAGUGUCCUUGUGGCCCAUCAUUGGUCCGAUUUGGAGGCAAAGCAAGAGAGUAUUCACCAAGGGCAAGAAUUCGUUCCUGGAUGGGGUAUGAAUUGCCUUUUGACCGCCAUGACUGGAUCAUCAAUCGUUGUGGCACAGAAGUUAGGUAUGUGAUUGAUUACUAUGAUGGCGGUGAGGUCAACAAGGACUACCAGUUCACUAUCCUGGAUGUGCGUCCUGCCUUUGACUCAUUCUCAGCAGUAUGGGACAGAAUGAAAGUUGCUUGGUGGCGCUGGACUUCAUAACCACUAUUUUGUUUGUUAUGAUAAAAGUGAAAAUUUUUCCUGAGAAAGUUGUUAAACUAUUUUCCCCAAACUAAAUGCACUCAUAAUGUCACUGAGGGUACUUUUCAAGUGAGUGGUCAUACUUGAUCUUGUAUUUGGCAAACAUGCAAUGCUCCAUUAAAUUUUGAGUCACAUUUUCCAUUGCAGUUAAUAGGUCAGUUUCAUUUUUUCCUGUUUGGUAUGAAUGGGAAGCAGUCUCUUAGUUUUCUCAUUAAUGGCAUUAUUGGAUGUUAUUUUCUGAAGACACCUUAGCAACCUCUGAAAAAGAGUUUUUAAAAAAGCAUAAAAAGUUGGUUUUUUUCCUUACUAUUUCUUCAGAAGUAUUUCAGAUAUAAAACCUGAAAGUGUGUGAUGCUUUUACCUGCCAAAUAAUUUAACUAUAUUCAGUAUAAAUAAGAAGCAAUUAUUCUUGAUUUAAAGUAACUAAUAUUUCUAAAAUCCCUAUGGUCUAAGUAACAAUCCUAAAUAAAAUACACAAGUAUAUAUCAAAUGUACUCUUCAAAACUGACAUGUUUAAUGUAAUUUCUGAUUUGACCUUAAUAGAAAUUUCAACUUGAUACAUAAAAAUUUCAAAAUACUUGGUUUUUAUUUCUGUUCAAAUAUGUAACUGUUAAUGAAAAUCUGAUCACACCAUCCCUGGAAGUUAACAAAUUAUCUUAACGUUAUCUCAUCCCAUUCCAUCUUCCCACUAGGAGCUUGCCAUCGAUAGUGUAAUGUAAACCUUGAGAGCCUGGCUCCAGUCACAGUGACAGCAGUGUUCCUUUAACAGAUAAGAUUAUAUUUGGCUAAGUGUUAGAAUUCACAAGAAGUGCAUUUUUCUCAGAUGUGAAAUGUUUGCAUCAAUUCACCAUCAUUUUGAUGUUUGUUUUAAGCAAGUGGUAAGGUUGAAAACUGAUUGCUGUUGAAAACUGAUUGUUUUGCUGGGCAGUAGUAGUAGCACAAGCCUUUAAUCCCAGCACUCCAUAGAUGUCUGAAUUUGAGGCCAGCCUGCUCUACAAAAUGAGUUCCACAACAGCCAGGAAAAUCCUCUCUCUAAAAACCAAAAGAAAAAGAAAAGAAAACUGAUUGUUUUAUUUUAAUUAUAGCAAUAUGUUAGAAAUAACUUUUUUCUUAAGUGUUGAUAAUAUGAAAAUUUUUUGAUUCAUCGUAAAUACUGUAGUAUUAACUUAGUGGACGGAAUUGCUGUUUUUGAAUUAUUUGACAUAUUUCCUUGUUGUAUGAUGCUUUAAAAAUCCAACAUGUGAAAAUAUUUGUAUUUUUUAAAUAAAGCUGACAGUUGAAAGGUUCUGAAA